AUGAUCCACGAGGCCGAAAGCGAGCCCCCGCCCGGCAAGAUCAUGGCCAUGAUACCCAAGGAGUCCGCGCUUUGGCUGCGAAAGAACAUUGGAAGAACACCGGCCGGCGCGGGGGGGAAGCCUCUCAACGACCUAGAAACCACGAGCCUCCCCAUAAAAACAGCCGCAGACUUGCAGCAGGCAAUACGGGAGGACGACCUAGGCGUGGAAUCGCUGUCGUUGUACGAAGAACUCUUCCCGGAGGAGGCACUGGCGCGGGAGAAACGAGAAAAGAAGGCCCUGGAGAACUUGGAGAAGUUGCCAGCGUUCAAUUGGACCUCGGAUUUCAGGCGUGGCGCUGAGUAUGAGAGGGAGCAGGCAAGAGAGCGCGAGAGGAGGAGGGCUGCUCUUACUUCGAUACCAGCCCGACCUGUUGCUGAAGACCGAACACUUCUUAAAGGAUCUGCGCGUAAGCCAAUACAGCCCGAGUCGUGGAAGAGAGACAUCAGUGGUACAAAGCGCUAUGCUGUGCUAGUUCUGAGCUCGUGCAGUACAUCGCUGGAGGAGUCUGAUUUCUACCGCGUCACCGCACAAGGGGAGCAUGUUGAGGACUGGACGAGAGGCAUCGUCAAAGUUAUCCCUGCCCGUGACAACAUGACACUCGAACCCUUGGGCAAAUACUACCUCGUAUUUUCAAGCCUCGCGGCUGCUAGUGACUACUUAUCGCGUACCCUGGAUCUAAAGGAGUUCGCAGGGUAUGACGAUUUCACGAGACAUCAUCGUGCCCGCCGCAUGGGCGAGGACCAGGACAUGAUGAUACAGAGCUUCUCACUGGUUCCCGCCGAUGGUCAGCUGUCGUUAAAGAUGCUCGUUCCCCCAUUCUCGAAGGGUGUGAAAUGGAUGCUGGAAGCUGGUGGCCCAGCACCUCUAGUUGGGAGACAAACCAAGGCGCAAGACAUUGUACUGUUUACCACAGAUGGCCGUGGAGGUUUCAUUGACAAAAGCACGUUGACCAGGGCACUUGCCGAUGAUGGGCUGCGCCGGAACUUGCAUUGGAGAUUCGCCGGUGAUAGGGAAGAGGCGGUCGUCAGGCUUGAGACGAAUCUGCUGAAAGAGGAGGCGGCUGAGCGCCGCAAGGUUACUUACAAAGGCGCGGCGAGAUACACGAUUGCCUUCAAGGACUCGAACGAAGCCAGAAGAUUCGUUCGAGAAUGGCAUCGGCGCCCAUUCCCUCUUACAACUCUGGGACGACUGAAAGAACAUACAGGUGACGAGCCGCUUCCUACAGUUCAUGCAGAAAUCUGUUGGUAG